AUGUCCACUCUACCGACUCCUCCUGUCACGCGUAGAAGUUCAGCUGCAAACAAGAGCACCGCACUCGCCCGAGCCUCCACUCUUCCCUCUCGUCCUUCCCCAGCGCAGGACAGCGGCAACGAUAGCGAGAACGAUAGUGGGAGCAACAGCAGCGAGAACAGCGGGGACGAAAGUGAUCAACGUUCCGACAGUUUCCGUCUUUUCCGUCCUCUGACGUUCUGUCCGAAUGUGACGACUGAGACUUCAACGAAGGAGACUAUCCCUAUUCCCAAGCUGGUCGUGUGUGGGGGGCAAAGCGCGGGCAAGUCGAGCAUGUACGUUCCCCUCGCCGUGAGGGCGUCAGUCGCUGACAGUAGUCUCUCGGAGCUAGUCAACGUAAGCUGUAGCUGGGAGAAAGCGAUGGCUAACCGGCUAGGUUCCGCUCUUGCGAAACCCUCGCAUGUCUACUCAGUGAGUACUAUCGCCGCGCGGCACACUCACGUCAGCGGCCCCUUCGAGAUCCAUUCUCGUUACUGCAAGGACAAGUUUGAGGCUCUCAUCGAUAUCAUAUACAAGAGCCGCUCCGGCAAAUUGGUCAAGGAGCGGUUCACUAAGAAGGCUUUGAAGACUUCCCGGGAGCUGGGAGAAGCACUCAAGCUCGCUGGUGAUGAGCCCAGGCGCAUGGAGGUUGGAGAACAUGAGUCUAUCAGGUGCUACGAAGAUCUGAAACAGAUGGAUGCUAUGGAGAGAAAGGCCGAAUCAGAGUCGUGGCCGGACUUCACUACUGGUAAGGUGGUGGUUCACCCCAAUGUCUCUGCAAUUGACCUGCCUGGUAAGUCACCUGAUAAGACGGAGCUCACUUCAGGUAUUGGUCUCAAAGAUCACGAACUUUUUAUGGUUGAUCCUGAGCCGCGGAGCGAGCUCUUCCGCGCGGUCAAGUCCUGUCGACCCGAGUUCGAAGGGACCAUGUGUGAGAGCUCCAGUCGGGGGCAAGAGCUCAUUAAAGGUCUUGUGAACAAGUUCGAUAAGGUGGAGAGCCCCCUGCAAUCUACGUGGGGUGAUCUGCUCGGGGGCCGAUACGAUGCGAUGCAGGAGAUCACUCCCGAAUACGGAUACCACCCCUGCGUCAUGCGGAACGAGGACAUGAGGAAUCAGACUCAAACUUCCUCUUGGAAAGCAAAGCAGGCCAAGUUCUUCAACGCAGACAACAUGCGGCAGCUCGCCGAACAUUGUGAUCGCAAGUUUGGGUGGGGAGUUAUCAGCGCUCUGAUCUACGAGUUGUGCGAGGAGCGUGUUACAGCGAGAAUCGUUGUUCAACGCCGUACCAAAGCUACGACCGAGCUCGACGAACUCACUCCCGAGGUCGAGGACGGUGUGGCAUCUCUUUACGACCAAUUGAUCGAACCUCUCUCUCGGUGGAUUGAAAGGGAUGUCAAGUGUCGCGCGUCAAAGAUCGAGGGUGUCCUCGCGCUUCAAAGCAAGUUGAAAGAUGAGCUCUCGAGGUCGAUUUCAGAGUUCACCACCUCCACGACACCAAGCCCUACCAAUCAUGACGGGAGCUCCAAUGUGCAUGCAUCGACGGAAACGAAGAUUGCGAGGAAGUUGUUGGAAUACCGCAACUUGAGAGAUGCCUCUGCACCUGACAUCGGUCUGGCGGUCCACGAGCUGUACCAGGAAUGUAUAGCCACUUGGGGCAAGAAGAUUGAAGGCACAGUGAAGGACGUGUUCGAGGCUCUGUGGGGAGACAUCGUAGCCGACGCCAUCAACACUGUUUGCUCCAACUUUGGCAAUGCAGAGUCCGCUGUGACGAAGGAGCAAUGUCGUAAGGACUUCACUGUUUACCGGCCUAGCUACGAGGAAGACACUGCCAGGAUCGCAUGGGAGCUGGAAUCUCGCGACCGCACUACACUCCCGGCCUCCACUACCAAUUACAGUCGCUCCCAAUCUGCGCCAAUCCCUUCGACCUCGACUCAGCACACCACCAGCUCGCCUGCCUCCAGCCCAGCCCACUAUUUGCCUAAUUCGUCCCCACCCGACACCCACCCGACUCAAGCCAGUACAGCAAUCACCACCUCGAGCUCGGGGUUUGUUUUCCGACCGUUGUAUCCAAAGGCACCUGGCAACUUGUCUUCGGAUUGGUCACCACAGUUCAAAGACCUGUACUAUCAAGCAAUCGCCCGCCUUCGCGGCCACCUAGACCUCGCCGCCGACACUGUGUACAACGACCUGAGUCGCGACUUGAACUAUCGCGUGCUGCAGUACGUCGAAGGCGUCCCCGGUGCCCUGCGCCAGGAGUUGGGUUUGCACGACGUGAACGAGGAUGUGAGGGAGCGUGCGAAGAGGCUUUGCGAGGCGAAUCGCGAAACGGCUGCCAAGCGCCGUAAGCUAGCUGGAGAAUGUGCUGAGUUGGAGAAACUGGAGAAAGCACUCGAGGGGUGCGUGUAG